UUGCAGGAAAAUAAUUCAACGAUUCUGACAAAAGAGGAGGAAUUUCUGUCGCUGACGUGACAGUAUUGAUACAUAUAGUCUUCUCACAGGCGACAGGAAAACAUAAAAUGUAUCUUCUAUUGGAAAACAGAAGUCACCAAUAAAAGCCUGGACAAAAAGUUUUUUUUUUUUUGCUGUCCACCCUGCUCUGGACCGGAAUAUUUGGGAAAGGCUACUGGUGGAGCCACUGGAGUCACAUUAUCCUAGCAGUAGUUACGCAGCUCCACAACACCUGGGAUAACGAUCUGGAAAUUAUAUCUUAUGGGAUGUUCAUUUUUAAAUAAUGUACUAAUAAUAAAAGUAGUGCGCGCUCUUGGUUAACGCAGCAUCAGCUGCUGAUGCGCGUCCCCCGCCCCGGCAGGAUCUAACCGAGAUCCCGGGAACAGGAGUUGGAACUGCCUGAGUCAAAGUUGGGAAAAGAAAGGGUGAAAGGAUGCAGUGCUGCCUGAUGGACGGGAGGAAAACAAUCUACCAUCUAAUAAACGUAGCCUAUGUGGAGACGCUAUCCUCAGUGAAGGAUGAUUUGCAAAAUACUCAGCCUUUGCCUUUUAUUUUUGUGUUUUCAACAUUGCUCAUCACGAGAAUGUGUCGACCCCCUGGUCUCUCAGCUAUACGCCUCCUCCUUCCUGGCCUCCUCUAGAUACAACUUUCUAUACUCUGCCAACUUUGCCAAACUGUAUGGAAGUAGUGGCUGGUCACCCGCCCCCAGGGACAGGCAGCCCUGGCUGCAGGUGGACCUGGGCAGGAAGUACCGCAUCGUGGCCAUCGCCACACAGGGCACCUUCAACUCUUACGACUGGGUCACCAAGUACACCCUGCUCUACGGGGACAGGCCGGACGCCUGGACCCCCUACGUCAUGAAAGGAGGCAACUCGACACUGCCAGGGAACUGGAACUACAACCAAGUGAAGAGGAAUGUCUUCCACUACGCCUUCACUGCCAAACACAUCCGCCUGCUGCCGCUAGGCUGGAACACCGAGAACGGGGGCAAGAUUGGUGUCCGGCUGGAGGUUUUUGGCUGUGCCUACGACUCCUACGUCAUGCAGAUGAACGGAGACGACUCGGUGGUCUACCAGUACCCAGAGCAGAAGCUCCGGACGCUGCAGGACCACUUUGCCCUCAACUUCAAGACCCUGGAGCAGGACGGCUUGCUGCUGCACAGUGAGGGCAUCCAGGGGGACCUCCUCACCCUGGAGCUGAAGAGGGGACGCCUCUACCUCACGAUCUGCCUGGGAAGCAGUGCAGUUCACCAGGUGGAUGGUCGCACCACGAUGACUGUGGGUAACAUUCUGGACGACCAGCACUGGCACUACGUCACCAUCAAACGCUACGGCCGCCAAGUUAACUUCACCGUGGACAGUCAGAAAGAGACCGCCAUCUGCAAUGGAGAGUUCACCUACCUGGACCUGGACAAGCAGCUCUACAUAGGGGGGGUGAUCGAGCCCAACCAGCCCCACCUUCCAGACAAGCUCAACUUCCGGGGCUGCCUGGAAAACGUCUUCAUCAACGGGGUCAAUAUCAUCAACAUGGCCAAGAGGGAGGAGCCAGAGAUACGCAUCCCUCGGCAGAAAAAGAUGCAUUAUGCAUGCCGUGACAUUCUGUGGAAGCCCAUGACCUUCGCUGGACCCAACAACUACCUGCAGGUGCCGGGCUUCUUCCGGAAGCCGCGUAUGUUUGUAAAGUUUAAGUUCCGCUCCUGGGACUACACGGGCCUGUUGAUGUUCACACGCUUUGCCGACGACCUGGGGGCUUUGGAGCUGGGCCUAAGUGAGGGGCAGGUCAACGUCACCAUCAUGCAGCCUGGCAAGAAGAAACUGCAGUUUGCUGCCGGUUACCGUUUGAACGAUGGAAUGUGGCACACGGUGGAUCUGGCAGCGAGAGACAACCUGAUGACCAUCACCAUCGAUGACGACGAGGGCUCUCCCCUGAAGAUCACCAACCCCUUCACUGUCCGCACCGGAGACCGCUACUUCUUUGGAGGUUGUCCGAAGACCAACAACACGGUGAGGAAGUGCGAGACCAAGCUGAACCACUUCCACGGCUGCAUGCAGCAGAUCUACAUCGACAAUGAGCAGCUGGACAUCGACAUCAUCCUGCAGCGGAAAUGGGGACGCUACGCUGAGCUGCUUCUGGGCACCUGUGGCAUCACAGACAGAUGCACUCCUAACCCGUGUGAACACGAAGGCCGAUGCAUCCAGUCCUGGGAUGACUUCAUCUGUUUGUGUGAGAACACUGGGUAUAAAGGCGAAGUGUGUCACAACUCUGUGUACAAGGAAUCCUGUGAGGCCUAUAGGCUCCAUGGGAACUAUGGGUCAGGCAACUACACCAUUGACCCGGACCUGAGUGGACCAUUGAAACCGUUUGAGGUGUACUGUAUGAUGAAAUCGUACAAGGCCUGGACGGUGAUAAUGCAUGACCGUGUUGAGAGCACCAAGGUGUCUGGCAGCACGGUGGAGCGGCCCUUCAUCGGAGACGUCAACUACUGGAACGCCUCCUGGGAUGAAGUGACAGCGCUGGCCAACACCUCCAUGUACUGUGAACAGUGGAUCAGCUACUCCUGCUACAAGUCCCGCCUCCUCAACACCCCCAACGGAAGGCCGUACGGUUAUUGGAUUGGGAGGAAUAAUGACAGUCAUUACUACUGGGGCGGGACCUUCCGCGAGAGCCAGAAGUGUGGUUGUUCUAUCAACCAGACCUGCGCUGACUCCCGCUUCCAGUGCAACUGCGAUGCAGACUACCGGCAAUGGUAUACAGAUAAGGGCUAUCUGGACUGGAGGGAUCACCUGCCAGUGAGGAAGGUGGUGGUAGGGGACACUAACAGAACCGGCUCUGAGGCCCACUUCAGUCUAGGGCCUCUACGUUGCCAUGGCGACAGAAACAUCUGGAACACCAUAGCCUUCACCAAGCCCACUUACAUCACUUUCCCCACCUUCACGCCUGGCAGCAGUGCUGACAUCUCCUUCCACUUCAAAACCUACCGCGAUCACGGCGUCUUCCUGGAGAACUCUGACGAGCACCUCCGCAAUUUCAUACGCAUCGAGCUUAACACCACCCAAGACCUGGCCUUUAUAUUCAUGGUUGGGGACGGCAUUCUCAACGUGACUUUACAUUCGCCUGUGCCACUUAACGAUAACGAGUGGCACUAUGUCCAGGCUGAGCUCAAUGUGAAGGUGGCCAGGAUUAAAGUGGACUACCAACCCUGGGCAAUCAAACGCUUCCCUGGUCAGACUUUUGUCACCAUGAAGUUCACCCACCCACUCCUCAUCGGCUCAGCCAAUCGGACUAAUCGUCCGUACCUGGGCUGUCUCCGGGGGUUACGUAUGAAUGGAGUGACUCUGGACCUGGAAGGGAAGGUGAAUGAGGAACAGGGGAUCCGGAAGAACUGCACAGGCCAGUGUCUCAAUGCCACCAUACCGUGUCGAAACGACGGCCAGUGCAUAGAGGGCUACGCUGCCUACACGUGUGACUGCAACAACACAGCCUUUGAAGGCUUCUACUGUCAUAAAGACAUCGGGGCCUACUUUGAGAUUGGCUCGUGGCUUCGCUAUGACAUCAGGAAGAAGGCCAUCUCAGACGAGGCUGUGUGGGCCAACUGGCUGGACCCUCACUUCCGCAACUUCAGCCUGGGUUACAAUGACACCAGCGAUGACAUCGAAUUCAGCUUCAGUACGCUCCACACCCCGGCCGUGCUGCUCUAUAUCAGCUCCUUCAUCCAGGACUACAUGGCCGUCAUCCUCAGGAAGGACGGCAGUCUACACCUGAGGUACAAGCUAGGCUUGAUCACCCACAAGUACCAGCUGGCAUACAGGAACCUGGCGGAUGGGUUCCCACACUAUGUCAACAUCACCAGACACAACCGAACCAUUAAAACACAGGUGGACUACAUGGAGCCCUUUAUUGAGAAGAUUACCCUGGUGGAGGACUUUCGGUUUGACUCACCCAAGUCCAUGUUCAUGGGGAGGGUGAUGGAGGUGGGUGACAUUGACUAUGAGGUUCAGAGACACAACAGUCCUGGUUUUAUUGGUUGCAUAUCGGGGGUGAGGUACAACAUCCAUGCUCCUCUGAAAACCUUCUUCCGGCCCAACGAGACAAACCCUCCUGUCACAAUACAAGGCUAUGUCUCUGAGUCCAUCUGUGGGGCGUUCCCGCCUGUCCUGGGAUACGUGCCCUGGGAGGUGGACCCCUGGUUCACGGGCAUUGAAUACUACUACAUCCAUGAUGACCUAGGCUUGUUUUGGUUGACAGUGGUGGUUAUCCUGGCAAUGAUGUUGCUCUUCGGAGGCAUGUACAGCAUCUAUAUCUACGUGUACCGCCAGAAAGGCAGUUACCAUACCAACGAGCCCAAGAACCUGGAGUCCCCCAGCAGUUCCCGGCCUCUGACCGAGACGCUGCGCAAGGAGAAGAAGAACCUUCCGGAAAUCGAUGAAGAAUUCAGGAGCGACUAGCAUCAAGGGGACUUGCGUGAGGAGGGGAGGAUUUGGCGCCUAGGAAAAACACAGAUACCUGUUCUUCUGAUUUCCUUCAGCUUGUCUGAUAGUAUUGUGAUUUAUUUUUCAGUAUUGUUGACUUUCCCCAGGUGUGUGAUCUGAUGCCUGGCUCUACCUUGUGUUUUGAUGUGUUCUAUUUUUGUAGGGUUCAUAGUUCGAACAAAGCCCCGAUUGCGUGAGUAGCCAACAAGUCUCACACUGUGUUGCAGGGUGACCAACUGAAGUGCCUCAUCAGAGCAAAAUUAGCUAGGUCAGAAGUAACCAUGAUAGUUCACCUACAUGUGGAUUUAGAUAGUAGACUGAUAAAAUGUGAUUUCAUUGAAACCACAAUUCACAUAUUAAUACAUUAUGUAUGAAGCAUUCAGACUAUUGUUGCUGUUUUGGGCCCAUUUCUGAUAAAUGAAUGUCAUUUACUGUAUUCAAUGGGAUGUCAAUGGGAUGUCAAUCCCAUGCAGCCAUUUGGUUGAAAACAUCCAGCUUCCUGUCUCUUUCUGCUUUGGCCUGUGUACCAAUUUACACUGGAGAAAUGGUGCAAUAUCCCAGAUUAAUGAAAAAUGUGAAAAUUUAAAAAAACAUUUGCACCCAUGAAUAAUGAUUCAUCAUCUCCCCUUGCUUUGGGCCCAGAUGAAGAGACAGUACACAGUAAAGCAUGGAGCAUAAGCUUUGAGAUAAUACAUUUAAAGAAUGUGGAAGACACAUUCACUUGUAUUUGAUGUAUUGCAGCCUAUGAAAAUGUAUACCUAUACAAAAGCGGAAUCAUUUUUACGAUACAGAUUUGCCCUAAUGUCAGGAGUUAGCAGCUUUGCAAAGUACUAUACUAUACUGAUCCACUAGAAAUAUGUAUAAGUGAAUGCGUCGUACAUUUAGGCUGAGGAAUUAAGCAGCCAUCCGAAUGCUGUGAGCAACAUAUUGUGAUAAAGGUACAACUUGGUGAACCAUACGAUGCCUUGGUGCUGUAGAAUAAGUGUCACCAAUACUGUUGCUGAUCUGGAGUGAAGGUUGUGCUGUUGAAUUUAACUAGGGAUGGGACUUCUGCUGUAGUCCUCAUUCAGGGCAGUUUUUCUCUUCUAUAUGUCUUGUUUUUUUAGUGAAUGCUCUCAAUAGGUCAGUGCACAGUCAGAGCACAGGGGCACACAGUGACCCAAACCAUCUACCCUGACAUCCAGAAAAUCCUCCAUGAACUGAAGAAAGUCUCUCACCAACAGCUGGAAAAGCAAACUUACACACACUUACCUACACUUACACACACAUACACAGACACAUAUGCACUCAUACAGGACACACACACUGGCAUGUGUACAGUACAAGGGACCACCACAGUGUAAACGCAGAUUUUGUACUUGUCACCACACCUUUGGCACCUACCGUAGGACAGAGUCCUUCUGUCACUGCUGCUUCUUAGCUUUCUGUUCACAAGGCUGUAUAAUCACAUAUGUUCGAAACACAUUUCACUCCCGACAGAGAGAUAUUCCAGUCAGGGAAACCACUUAGUGUGUGGUGGAACCAAAGCAUCCUCACUUAUCGCCCUUUGAAAUCUAAAGCACUAAAGUAGUAUUGAAAUAAAAGAGAAAAUGUAGACUAUUUUUUGUCAUAAGCCAUGCAUUACUAGAGCAUGAUGACCUUUGCAAUGACGUUUAAUAAUAUCAGCCGCUUCCUGCGCAGAUCACUGAAGAUGUUUUUGUGUGCUUGCUCCGUUUGCAGUCGCUUGCAUUAGGAUGUCAAGCAUAUCUAUACAUAAGUAUGUGAAUAAGGCGUUUUGAUGUUUAUUUAUUUAUGAAUGCUGUUUUAAUUAAGCAAAGCAGUGGUGAUGGAGAUUUGAAUGUCAAUCUUCUUGUGACUGGGUAAUGUAGACAGCCAAUCCUGACUGCUUCUCUCUGAAAUGUUGCUCAUAACCCCCUCCCUCCCAGCUUUCUGACGUGUUCAGAAUAGAAAGAAUAACGUUGUGCCUGUCAUCUGUGGGACAAACUCAUUCAGAUCUUGUCUAAACACCUGUGAUCAGUUCAUUGUCCUUUCGGUAGGAGCAGCUAGGAUCAAACAUGUUGUGAAACAUGUACUGUAGAAGCUUAACAAAAGACGGUACACUCAAUGUGAUGCCUACAUUUGAUCACAGGCGUUACAAACAUAAUAAAUGGUUUGGAUCUUUAGAUUCUACCAUACCUGGAUUUUUCCCACAAAAUCAUUGUAACAGUGUGUUAGAUAUAAUGAAUGGUGAACCACACUGAGAUAACAUAGUCAGAGUGUAGUCAUUUUCCUUUUUAUGAGCAAUGAUCAAGAUGUCGUGUUUCAGUCAGAUAGACAAUCACCUCUUACAGAGUUCAUAUUAGACCAGUUUAAGAGCUGUGGUCAAAUAGACUUUGAAGCCUUCAAAGAAAACAGUCGACUUAUUUAUGUAUUACGUCUACAUGCUGCAAUAUAUCUCAUUUGUUUUAUUUUGAAGGAACUGCACUGUAUGUGCACCCUGCCUAGCAACACACUAGAUUGUCCAUGCAUGGUCCCUGGAGUGUGUGUGUGUGUGUGAUUGAAUGCACAGUAGAAUUGUAGGUGUGUGUGUUCACCCAGUUUGUUACAAGGAUCCUCUGCCAAUGUAAGAUGAUGCGUUUGAUGACAAGCACCUGUGCACUGAAGUAACUGAUCCAACUCACACUUAGUUACCCACCAAUAGCAGAUGAGAGUGAGAAGAGAGAAUUUCUGUCCCGGUGGCUCCUCCCUACUCCGGCACAGCUCCACCAAUCUUGAUUCUCCACGGCAUGACAUACACUGUACAUCAUCGGUCACAACCAGCACUUCACAGAGGCUGUUCUGAUUGGCUGUGGAUCUGGCUCCCACUCGCAGGGUGACAGGAACAGAGCAGAUGAGAGUUGUAGGGUGAACCGGGGUGGGUCUCGAGGGGUGAGAGGGUGUGGGGGGAGAGGAGCAACAGAAGGCAGACAGGGCCCAGGGAGCCAGAGGGGCUGGAGGUGAGGAGCAGGCAGGUCAGAGGAAGCAGCCCCCUGGGGAGGAGGCCUCUCUAGCCCCCCCUGCUGACCGUGGCAGUAGGCACCAGAGACAAGCUGCUGUCCUGUUUGUGGCCACACUGACAAUAAGGAGGUGUGUUCUCCCCUCUGUAAUAUUGAUUCUCUGUCAUUUUGGUUUUGUUUUGUAAUUUGUUCACUGUAAAUGACCAUAAAUAUGUAAAUGAACGCAAAACCAAACCAUCACUUCAAUAAAGAAGCUUGAAGGAA